AAGCUUGACUUGAACUCCACUGGUAUUAACAACCCUCUUUUCCGAUGCUGUCGCCGUAGAGCUGGCUGGAAGGUUCCGUGCCGUCGGCGAGCCUCUGGGCGUCCGUCCUGAGCCAUGGAGGCCGGUCCGGACACCUCCCUGUUCCUGGUGAAGGUUCUGGAAGAACUGGACAGCAAGCACAGCCGCGUCUCCUACCAGGACCUGUGCAAGUCGCUGUGCGCCCGCUUCGACCUGCCGCAGCUCGCCCGGCUGCGCAGCCUGCUCUUCUACACGGCCUGCCUGGACCCCGGCUUCCCCGCCACCUUGUUCAAGGACAAGAUGAAGUGCCCAGGGAACAACCAGCAGUCCAAGAAGAUCAUGGUGGCGACCCCGGCAGCCUGGCUGGACCGGCUGCAGGCCCUGCCCCCGUACGCGGCGGCCAGCCCCCAGCCCUGCGAGAUGCAGAGGACCUACUUCCCCAUGACCCUGGACAGCGAGCCCGUCUCCGAUCAGGACUCGCUGCCCGGGCCCCCCGACGUCAAGGGGACCUUCGUCGCCCACGUCGACGACGACGGGCCCUUUGGGGUCCGGUCCUGCGUCCAGAAAAGGAGCAUCUUCAAGGAGGACUUUCACAACCUGCUGCCCGUGUCCCCCGGCUUGGUCGGCCCCGCAAGCCAGGCUGAGGGGGAGCACGGGGACCCCCAGAGCCGGAAGGAGCCCCCCAAAACCCCCUUCUUCAAUCACAGCUUCGACAUGCCCUACAACGGCCGGUACCUGAACGCCGGGUACUCCCCGGUCCCCGACAAGAGGCGGUCCAAGCACGAGAGCCUGGACGACCUGCAGGCGUCCACGUAUUUCGGGCCCACUCCCGUGAUGGGGACCCCAGAGGCCAAGCGCUGCCCGGGGGGGAGGCCGGGCAAGCAGACCCCCUGGCCGGCCAAGAGCUGGAGCCUGAACACGGAAGAGGUCCCCGACUUCGAACGGUCCUUUUUCCACGGGAACGGCGGCAGCAACAGCGAAAGCCUCCGUGUCCAGGCCUUAAAGAAGAGCCUGUUCGCCCGGCCGUCCUCCCGGUCGCUGACGGAGGAGAACAGCGCCACGGAGUCCAAAAUCGCCAGCAUCUCCAACUCGCCCAGGGACUGGCGCACCAUCACCUACGCCCACCGCCUGGGCCUGGAGGAGGAGGAGGAGGAGGAGGUCAGAGACCGAGGCCCCGGGGAGAGCAAGGGCUGGCGUCGGAAACCCAAAGAGGUAAUGGAGACUCCGGCUCGCGUGGCCGGGGCGCGGCUCGCUUCGGCCGUCAGGAUGGCGUUGACGUGGGCCCGGGGCCUCGCCGUGUCUCUGAUGCCUCCGCUUCCCUUUCAGACGCAGGAGUCCCUGAACCCCAACCACCUGGAGUACUGGAUGGAGGACAUUUACACGCCCGGCUACGACUCGCUGCUGAAGCGCAAGGAGGCCGAGUCCCGCAGGGCCCGGGCCUGCAAGCUCGCGGCGCUGGUGGCGGCGGCCGCCUGCAUGGUCAUCCUGGUCAUCGUGGUGCCCCUGUGCACGAUGAAGUCCUGAGCGGGCCCCCCACGCCCCCCUCCGCAGGCUGACACCGCGUGGCGCCAGGCGGCGGGAGGCUGAGACGGAGACGGGACCCGGACCCUCCCCCCCAGGGGCCGUCGAGGGUC